GGCAGUAUGUGUCCACAGCGCACGGACAGUAGAAGAUUGACAAGAUACGGCUUUGACUUGUUUUUUCGUGUUUCAUAGACUAAAAAUCCGUAGCCUACACGCCGGUGUGGAUGAGAACGGACUAGAAUCGGUGGCUGUGACAUUGUACCGGUCCUCCUACACUGCUGGUCCCUGAUGUGCCACUUGUGUUAACCCUGCAAGUGUGUAAACAUGACGGAGGAUAUUCCAUACAAACAGCUAGGAGAGCAGCAGGAGGCACAGUCCCAGAGGAGAGCUCCAGUGAGUCUGUGUGCUCUGCUGGUUCUGCUCUCCCUGACCGCUGUGCUGCUGACUGCCUUGCCAGUACUCAUCCUCCUGGACCCCCCAGAAGACGGGAGCACCCCUUUUCCCCGGUUUGAGCCGCCAUCGGACCCCUGCAGUUUUGUGUUGGUGGAGAGCAUCCCAGAGGGAGUGACCUUUAACUCCAGCACCACACACCUGACCAUCUCCCAGGCCUGGCAGAAGCUGAUGCGGGAGGCCACCAGCAGCCUGGACAUCGCCUCCUUCUACUGGACCCUUACCAACAGGGACACAAAGACUGAGGAACCCUCUGCUGCCCAGGGUGAGGCUGUGCUGCAGGCUUUGGCUGACCUGUCUCCAAAGCUCAGUGUCCGCAUCGCUGUGAACUCACCCCAGGAGAGUCUGCCAGCCAACCUGCAGCUGCUCCAAAGAGCAGGAGCUCAGGUCAUGACUGUGAACAUGAAGAAGCUCACAACAGGGGUCCUCCACACCAAGUUCUGGGUGGUAGACAAGAAACACGUGUACAUCGGCAGCGCCAACAUGGACUGGAGAUCCCUUACACAGGUAAAGGAACUGGGAGCGGUCGUGUACAACUGCAGCUGUCUGGCCGCAGACCUGGAGAAGAUCUUUGAGGCCUACUGGUACGUGGGACAGAGCCAGUCAAUUCCCCCUUCAUGGCCCAGCAGCUUUUCCACCACCUUCAACCAAGACAGCCCUAUGCAGCUGCAGUUCAACAGCUCGGAGGCCAGCAUCUAUCUGUCGAGCUCGCCCCCGUCCUUCUGUGCGUCUGGCAGAACCUCCGAUCUUCAGGCCAUCCUUGGUGUGAUCAGUGAUGCUCAGAGCUUCAUCUACAUCGCAGUCAUGAAUUACCUGCCCACCAUGGAGUUCUCCUAUCCCAAGAAGUACUGGGCCAGUAUUGACUCUGCCCUUCGGGGGGCGGUGUAUGAGCGGAAUGUGGCAGUGCGUCUGCUCAUCAGCUGCUGGGACAACACUCAACCCCUCAUGUUCCCCUUCCUCCGCUCCCUGGCCUCCCUGCAAGAGCCACGGAGCAAACUGGACAUCCAAGUGAGGCUGUUUGUGGUACCAGCGAACCCCAAACAGAAGGAGAUCCCCUUUGCCAGAGUUAACCAUAACAAGUACAUGGUCACAGACAAAACAGCCUAUAUAGGGACAUCCAACUGGUCUGGGGACUACUUUGUGAACACAGCGGGCGUUGCCCUGGUGGUGCAGCAGCCGUCACUUUAUGCAGGAGCCCCAGACUCCUCAGGGGCCACAGUCCAGGCACAACUGCAGCAAGUGUUUGAGCGGGAUUGGGACUCGGCCUACAGCUCCCCUCUGUCUCAUGACACCAACUCUGCAGACAUGUGUGCAGUCUGACAUGGGCAGUACUCUAAAUACGCCAUUGCUCCAAUCUACCUCCAUUUUACUGCCACCAGUACACAAUUUUAUUUUCGUGGGAUUUGGCAGUGUUGCGUAUAUGUGUAUUUUUUUUUUUUUAAUAUCUGCUGCUCACAAGUGCAAUCUGCAGCUAUCCAUAGGAGAGGCUGACAGCAUGCAGCUCUUUAUUGAAAUGAUGUUUGUGGCGGCAUUUCAUAAAAGGGCAGGUGGGAAUCAGCUCCCAGUGGGCUGUGCAAUUUUUCAAUUUGGAAGUUAGUAGACUUGUUUCUUUUAUCAAGUGAUUUUAGAUUAAUACUACAAUGUAAAAUGUCCAAAAAUAACCUAAUGACCCACAGGUGUCACAGGUGUUAGAACUACCGUAUAUAUAGCAGACAAAAGCACGAUGUCUUCUUUAAGCACAAAUCACGAAAUGAAUGGACUCUUUGCUCUUAAAUAUUAUAUUACAUUUUAGAACAUAUUGCUUAAUAUAGAAGAUUCUCAGGACAGUGUGAUUAUUUGAGAUGAAUAUGGUAACCUCUUAAUAAAAAUGUCAUCUUCUGUGUUUCUGC